UUCUGAAUAAUCUCCUUUUAUCUUUUUCUACUUAUGCUCUUCCACAUAACUUACUCUUCUCCAUUACAUCUAAAACUCUUUUUAUUUUCUUUAUCCAUGUAGGUCGACUGAAUUGCUAUAAACUCAGUCUUACCGGUAAUAUAAAAAUUAAGAUUGUAAGCACGGCCCAUCUCAGCUAAAGAUUCCUGGGCUAUGUAUGCAGCUGUGAGCACGGCCCAUCUCAGCUCAUAAGUUAAAGAUCUGGUGGAAGUCGUGCUUAAACCCUAUGAUUGUUUGCAGACCAAACAUACCACCUGAAUCCUAGAGCGAGAAGACCCAUUUUGUGAUUUCAAAGAACCAGCACCUAAUACCCAUCAGCCAUGGCGUGCAAUUCUUCAAACUGCCAGUCCAAUUGCUACAAAAACGACGAGGAGCAAGCAGAAGACUCGCCGUCUCCAGCUUAUCGGAAGUCGAGUACUAGUAUUAAUGGACAGAAUAAUCUGUGCGUGAAGUGCAAGGCCAACGAGCCCAUUUCUUGUGCCUCUGUUGGUUCUGGUGGUGAUGAUACCCGCUUCUGUUACGGUUGCUUUCGAAGCAAUCUUUAUGGGAAGUUCAGACUUUCUGUUACUUCUCAUGCUAUGAUCACCCCUUCUGAUAAUGUUCUUGUUGCUUUCUCUGGCGGCCCUGCCUCAAGCGUGGCCCUACAGUUUGUACAUGAAAUGCAGCAUAGAGCCCUGAAAAAUUUUGAAGCGAGUAAGGACAGAUCAUUACCGGUGUUUGGUGUUGGAGUUGCAUUUAUUGAUGAAAGUUCUGUCUACCCAGAUGCUUCUGAGAAAGUGGAUGAUGCAAUUAAAGAGAUGAGAUUAAUUGUCUCAAAGCUAGCCCCUCCUAUGAAGCAGUUACAUGUGGUUCCAAUUGAAAAUAUAUAUACUUCAGAUUCAAUUGAUGGGAAGGACAGAUUGACAAACUUACUAAAUGCUGUGAAUGAUGCAACAGGGAAAGAAGAUCUUCUGUUACACCUGCGGAUGUUGGCCUUGCAAAAGGUUGCUUCUCAAAAUGGAUACAACAGGCUUAUUAUAGGAUCAUGCACAUCGAGAAUUGCUGCCCAUGUUCUUACAGCAACAGUUAAGGGCCAAGGAUAUUCUUUAUCAGCUGAUAUACAGUAUGUUGAUGCCAGAUGGGAUGUACCAGUAGUUCUUCCUCUUCGUGACUGUACAGCACAAGAGUUGAACUUGCUAUGCCGCAUUGAUGGUCUAAAGACCUUUCAGUUACUUAAUAACCCUCCUGCUGGAAUCAAUGGUUUGGUGUCUUCGUUUGUGACUCUUUUGCAGGAAGAAAAUCCUUCUCGAGAGUGCACGAUUGUAAGAACAGCUGGAAAGCUUACUCCAUUCCAUUUUAAUAGAAUUCCUGAAAUCAAUGAUUGUAAUGUUCCUCUGGCUACUCGAAGGCGUCAGAAGAGAUACAAUCUUAAAACCAUUGAAUCUAUGACCUCAGAGUCUUUCUGUCCUCUUUGCAAUAGUCCUCUCAGUAACUCUGAUUUAUUGAGUUCAAGCAGUCUGGAAAGUUGCCAAAGUUCAAGAUUUGUAGGUGCCUGUUGUUCAAGUUGCCGAUUUCAGAUACUCCCCAAGGAUUCCUCAUCAAGGGAACAUUUCUAUACGUCUCUCCCCCAACAAUUGGUUGCCCGGAUGAAGUAUGGCAGCUGCGAUAAUUCCAGCUCGCUGAGAAUUUCCUUCAUGCAGGCAGCAAAUCCAAGAUUGCCUACUUUCUGACAGUGAAGAUGAAAGUUAAUUGAUUUCAUUUUCUUUACUUGAUAUUACUCGUUAUUUGGUUUUGGGUUCUGUGGGUCUGAGACGACAGCUCUGGAUUCCUGAAAUUGUUGACUUCGGUUUCUUCAAUAUUCAUAAUUUCCUUAGAUAUGUCUACUAUUGUUUCCAGUAAUAAUGCAACAGGCUUCAUCUAUUUUGUAUUUAAAUAUGGUUAUUAGAAGAUAUCAGUGAGAGUUUUGCAUCCUUUUCUUUGUCCUCCAGUAAGGGGGAAAAAAGAAAAUUAAAGACCGUUGCGCAGAAUCAAAGGACUAGGCCCAUGGGUGAAGAUGCCCCUCCCCCACCCACAGCAUUAGCAAGUGGAUCAUAAUUCAACUGUAGGUAAGGUGAAAGUGGAGUGAUACCCAAGCUACUAUUUGGUGCUAAGUAGUUCGUAGCUUGCAAUGAGCCUCCGGGACAAUUGGGAUUUAAGGGUGUGUCUAGUUCUGGUUUAGGGUUUGUUUAGAAAUCAAAAUUGAACUAAAAUUUUGUUAUCGUUUUGAU